GCUAACUUUUAUAAAUCCAGGCUACCUCGUGGCAUCCGUUCCACGCAACAGAACUCCAAGCCAUGUCGCCGCCAAGCGGGAGAGACUCCAAGGCGGCGGUGAAGCCCCUGCUGGUGACGAUCAAGGUGGUGAGCCAGGAGAAGGUGCUCCGGCACACCAUGAGCAGGACGGACAAGCUCCAGGUCCUCCUGGACGCGUGGUACCACAAGGUGCCCGACGUGACGUACGGCACCGGCGUCUUCCUGUUCGAGGGCGUACGGUUGCGCGGCAACAAGACCCCGGCGGACCUCGAGAUGGAGGACGGGGACAUGAUCGAUUUCUUCGAACACAUGGACGGCGGCUGGCAGUUCGUUGCUGGACCGAUGUCCGCGCACUAGGCAGAAUUGAUAAGAGGAAAAUUUCUAGAUCUUCUUAGGAGGAAAAUUUCUGAUUUGUUGAGCGGCUUACAUAAUGUACUUCAAACCUUAUUCGCCCGGUUAUUAUUAUGGUUCCUAUCUUCA